AUGCAUGGAGCAGACGUCUAUAUCAUAUCUCACUUUAUUCAUAUCUAUCUAUCUAUCUCUAUAUAUAUCUAUCUAUUUAAAUCUGUUCAUAUCUAUCUAUCUAUCUAUCUAUCUAUCUAUCUAUCUAUCUAUCUAAGUCUGUUCAUAUCUAUCUAUCUCAAUCUAAGUCUGUUCAUAUCUAUCUAUCUAUCUAUCUAUCUAUCUAUCUAUCUAUCUAUCUAUCUAUCUAUCUAUCUAUCUCAAUCUAAGUCUGUUUAUCUAUCUAUCAUCUAUCUAUCUAUCUAUCUAUCUAUCUCUCUAUCUCAGCCUGUUCUAUCUAUCUAUCUAUCUAUCUAUCUAUCUAUCUAUCUAUCUAUCUAUCUAUCUCAGCCUCGAUUUCAGCUUGAACGGUGGUCAGUCUCUCUGGAAUGCCGUACUGGAACCGGUCCAACACCAAUACGAUGCACUGACACACUACUAUCUGACAUCUGCAAAGUGUGGGUUCCAGUUUGGGGUCAGGGUUUAGGUUUCUACGUUUACUUUUUCUUUGAUUUUAGUUAUUUUGCUUUUCUUACAUAUUUUUCUUCUUUUUUGUGUUUUCCCAUCUGUUUAUUUUCAUUCUUUUCUUUCAUUUUUUACGUUCUUUUUCUACUUUUCUAUUUUCUUUCUUUUUCUUUUUCUUCCUUUCUUUCAAUUAUAUUUUUCGUUUCAUUUUAUUUUUUUCUAUCUUCCACCUAUUUCUUCUUAAUUUUCAAUUUAUUUUUCCUUUCCUUUUUUCUUUUUUCUAUUCCAUGUCUUACUCUUCGUUUCAUUUUAAACUUCAUUUUUUUCUCGUUCAACGUGCAUAUAUCUUUCUUUCUAUUUUAUUUCUUUCUAUUUUCUUUCUUACAUUUUAUUUGCUCAUCUUCUGUUUUUCCUGAUUUUUGGGUUCAAUUUUUUCUAUUUUUUCUUUCGUUCUAUUUUCUUUUCUUUCAUUCCCUCUUGCAUUCAACUUUCAUUUUUCAUUCAUUCUAUCUUUCUUUUAUUCAACUUUCGUUUUUCUUUAUUUGGUUAAACUUUCAUUUUCUUCUUUCUUUUGUUGAAUUUUCAUUUUACUAUCUUUCGUUCAAAUUUUUCAUUCUUUCUUUCUUUCGUUCAACAUUCAGUUUCCUUUUUUCUUUUCGCUUUAUUUCCUUCAAACUGAACUUUUCUUUCUUUCUUUCUUUCUUUCUUUCUUUCAGCUACCACUUUUCUUUUUUCUUUCAUUCAAUUUUCACUUUACUUUAUUUACCUCGUUCAAAUUUCAAUUUUUCUUUUUUUUCUUUCUUUCUUUUUCUUUCUUUUUUAUUCAUUAUUCCUAUCUUUUUUUCCUUUCUUUCAUUCAAUUUUCAUUCUUUAUUUCGUUCAAAUUUCACUUUUCCUUUCUUUCUUUCUUUCUUUCUUUCACUUUACUGA